CUUCGGGUCUCACUCGCGUUUUCAUAGCCCCGCAUCAAACUGGAAAUUUGAUAUUUGAAUUACUGAUGUGACUGCAACCAUUGAGCCCGAACCACCAAGAUCAAACACAAGCGCAAGCUUGCAAGAAAUGAGAUUUGGGAUGAGAGCCAAGAGCGCUUCGGUACAAAAUCUCGAAAAUCUCGUCGAACAAAUGAUCAAUGGAGAACCAGAAAAUAACAGUUAUGGUUUCACCUUUCUUCUAUCGCGCGUUAACCGAUAAAUAAUUGCAUUGUUCCGAUGUUUCGUACAGAUCAAAUGAUACAUUUUCAUCGAAUGAUCUAUAAGAAAUGGCACGGUAGUAAAAGGUCAUCGGAAUCGAACGAGACGACGGCGGCGGCGGCGGCGGCGGCGGCGGCGGCGGCGGCGGAGGAUCGUGACCAGGACGAUAAAACGGAAUCUGCAAACGCACAGGACAUAUCGGCAACGGUAGAACACCGCAGAUUGCGGCGACACAAAUACAAACGUUUACCCGAAAUUCAACCAGAGAAUAACAACGAAACGAAACCAGGUUCGGAGCUAACAGGAUCGCAGGAGUUGGUUUCAACUUUAAUAACAAGUGACAACAAUCAUCACAAACACCACCGCCGCUACGGAGAAUUCACAGAUGGUACCAACGACGAUAAUAAUUCAUACAAUUCGAAGAAAGCAGAAAACGCUGGCAAUGACGAUACCAAAGUUAUAGAAAUCUGGAGUAAUCGAAUUAAACAAACGGAUGAAAUUCGCGGGUUAUUAUUUUUGUCACAAAUACGAUUUCAUUUCCCAGCCGCCGUUAGUUAUUAAUUUAUCUAUACAAAAAGCAAACGAUUAGUAGUAUACGUGCUUGUAUGUGUAUACGCGCUUACGCGCGGCUUAGGUCGAGCCAGGACCAGCCACGUCAAUAUACAAGAUCAAACAAGUUGUCGUUAUCGUUCGAGGAUUGGAAAAAGAAGAAGACUGUCGAGUAUCGCCGAAUGCUUAAGAAAAUUGAAACUGAACAACAACAAAAGUUAAUGGAAAAUUUGGCGAAAGCCGAGUGGAAGAGAAUCAUUCAACAGCAAACGCAAUGUAAAAGGCAGCAAGUGAAACGUGAACGAAACGAAAAGAGGCUGCUCCCUAGGAAACAUUUCAAGAUGGUAAUCGAACAUCAACAACAACAACAACAACAACAACAACAACAACAACAAGAAGCGAUAACAGCAAAGUCUGAUUCUACGGCUGGAAAAAUAAAGAACGAGGACGAGAAGCGGGACGAAGUUAAGCUGAAUAAGGAAAAGAAAAUCGUUCGAAGAUCGAUGCAGAGCAAUCGUCAGAAGAAUAGAGCAAUCGCGUUCGACCAUUAUAUGAAAAAUGUUACGUUUUGCUCCGUGUUAAAUCAAUUGAACGAAAUACUUCAUAAGAAAUAUUCGCGGGAACGUCGACACCUUGUACAAUCCUACUAUUGUCAACCGUUUUAUUACGGUGGCGCGAAUCUUCCGACGAGAUAAAGAGUCAUCGAGUAACGUCGAUGAGUCGACUGAUGAUAAUCGUGGAGUAAAAGGCAAGAAAAAAAUCGAAA